UUGCCCAGGAGCCAUGUACACCACGAAGCUCUUCACCCUGGUCCUGGUGGUGCAGCCGCAACGCGUCCUCCUGGGCAUGAAGAAACGCGGGUUCGGAGCGGGGCUGUGGAAUGGCUUCGGUGGGAAGGUGCAGCCGGGGGAGAGCAUCGAGGAGGCUGCUCGCAGGGAGCUCUUGGAGGAGAGUGGACUGACUGUGGACACCUUGCAGAAGAUGGGUCAGAUCACAUUUGAAUUUGUGGGCAACUCUGAACUCAUGGAUGUCCACAUUUUCCGGGCAGAUGAUUUUCAUGGAGAGCCAACAGAAAGCGAUGAAAUGUGUCCCCAGUGGUUUCAGCUGGAUGAGGUGCCGUUCAAUCACAUGUGGGCGGAUGAUAUCUACUGGUUUCCCCUGGUGCUUCAAAAGAAGUUGUUUCGGGGCUAUUUUAAGUUCCAGGGACAAGACACUAUCCUGGAGCACACUCUGAAAGAAGUAGAGGAACUUUAAGAAAACAGAAGCAGUCAACCCAUGUACUGCUGCUGCCCACAUUGGGCUACACCACCAUGAGUACUACUUCUAAGGGUCUUCUUUCUUCAGCUCUCCAGCAAAGGAGACUGAUGUGUCAGGUGGGAAGUAAGGAAAAUAAGGGGUUUCUUAGAGCAGAAAUAAAAGUAAUGAGAUUGUCCAUGCUGUGAAGUCCCCGGCUGUGUUACACUUCAGCCAGGGUUAUGUGAUCACAGCUAUUAAAAACAUAGUGUUAACUCUUUU